UUUUUUUUACGUUUAAAUUUGACAUACUGCUUUCUCACCGAUAUUUUUAGACUAAUAAAGGUGUGUGGGAGUCAGCUUCAUAGGAGUGUCGACGGAUUUUUACGUUUGCCUUUUAUUUUAGUUUCAAACCUCUUACUAAACGCUAAAUGUUUACUUUAAAAUGAAAAAUCAGUGCUGCGUCGAAGACGCAAAUAUUUCUCCACAAUCGUCAUGCUCUAUGAUUUUGAGGAGCGCUUGUUCACACAAGCGAUCUAGUAACUCAUCAACAGUCAAGGAAGUGCGGUCUAGGAAAAGUAACUCUAGUCGGAGGAAUGUCAGUAAAGACAACAAAGAAGUGAUAUCCCCUGGAGCUGAUUCAUGUAAUUGUAGUACACAAAUUGACACAUUGCUUGAAUCAUCAUUAAAAGAACUUGCAUUGAAAUCAGCAAAGAAAACAUAUUCAAUUUUAAAAGAAAGCCUGUACAGUAGUUUUGAAUUGUCAGAAACCAAAAAUUGUAAAGUCUUUGAAACAAAUGUGCUGAAUUCAUUAUGUGCUAAAGAAUUUAAUUUUAAUCAGCUUUCUUCUAAUAAUUCAUUAUUGUCUAAUGAACAUCUUAUGAACUGUGAAGAAUGGAGCGAUUACUCAAGUGGUGUCGAAAGUGAUUUCAGUAAAAAUUCAAUAUAUGCUGCAUCAGAAAUGUCUCGAAAUAGGAGGUUUAAUCGAAGUGCAGUUACUUCAAGUAGAACAUUAUCAGAAUCGGAAACAGAGGAUGAAACUAUAUAUUUUAAUGGAAAAUCUAAAAACAAAGUUCAAGAUUCAAAUCAUUAUUCUAUGUCAAAACAGAUGACUUCUUCAGAAUUGCAUAAAAACAGUUAUAACCUUUCCAAGAAUGUUUCUUCUGCUUUUGGUGAGCAGCAAUUCUUCCAAAGAUCUUCCUGCAUGCUCGAGUCCCCACACAUAGAUGUUUCAUCUGUACAGUGUAAUUAGUUUUCAUUUUACCUCUAAAAUUUUUCAGUUAACCUUGAUUGACAUUACGAGUGUAUUGUUGAGGAAAGUAAGUGAG